AUGGAGCCUCCUGUUCAACAAAGUCAUCCGCAUCCCAAGGCUUCGAAUUCUGUUACCGAAGCUACUGCUGACAGUGGUAGCCCUAGUCCUAAGCCACUGCAAAAAAAUCCACAUGAAGCAGCAGCUCGUACUCAUCAUCAUGUUGCCCAUAAUAAUGGUGCCUCAUCGGUUGAUCAUCAUCGCUUCUCCGAUGAGGAAGAGGAGCUGAACAACUUUAACAACAAUCAGAAGAAGCAGCAGGAUGCUUUUCUUAGCAGCUUUCCAGCUGGAUAUAGGUUCAACCCUCGUGAUGAAGAACUUGUGCGGUAUUACCUGCAGAAAAAGAUCAUGGACGAGCCAUUGCCUCCCAACAAGAUUAUGGAAGUUAAUCUCUACCGCUACAAUCCUGAGACGCUUGCUGGCAAAUAUGAUACUUAUGGAGAAAAAGAAUGGUACUUCUUUACUCCAAGAGACCGUAAGUAUCGCAAUGGUCAACGACCAAAUAGGGCAGCUGGCGAUGGUUAUUGGAAGGCUACAGGAGCAGACAAAUCAAUAAAGUCUGGUAAUAUAGAGGUUGGUUUUAGAAAAGCUCUCGUUUUCUACAGAGGCAAACCUCCAAAGGGAAAAAAGACCAAUUGGAUCAUGCAUGAGUACCGAGUCCCUGAUUCACGUACUGCCAAAAGGACUGGAAAUGACAUGAGGUUGGAUAACUGGGUGCUCUGUAGAAUUUAUAAGAAAGCUAAUAACAAGAACAAAAUCCAGACUCGAAAUCAUGCAGUAGAUCCUGGUGAAGAACAUAUCUCUAUGUCAAUAACAGAUGACACGGAGAUGGAGAUGAACGGUCAAGUUGAUGACACUCAAACAACGGAGUCUGAAGAAGAAUACACACACACCAUUGCUCAUCCACCAUUGGAGUUUGACGGGGCAUAUCCUACUUUUGCAUAUCAUUAUACAUCUUACCCGGGGGUUGCUGCACUUGACAAUAACAUGCUUCAACCGGUCGUUAUGAGUUAUAAGGAUGGUUAUGCAAACAUAUUUCCUUCGCUACAGACUAGUGGAUCUUCUUCAGCACUGCAAUGUCUUGAUCAAAACGGUAAAGUGCCAAUCUCCCAUCAUAAGCUGCAUCCAGUUGAUAUCACAUCAAAAUCCAUAGUAUGUAAAGAAGAAGCAUCAGAUCAAAUGUAUGGCGUGCAAUUUCCAAACCAAAAGUUUAUGCAAUCUAUUGAGGGCAUCACAUCAAAUUCAACGGUAUGCACCGACGAGGCAUGUUCUGAUCAACAAUAUGGUAUGCAAUUUCCGAGUCAAGAAUAUAUUGUGCAUUCACUUGAUGGUAGAGCACAAACAAAAACACAUUCUUGUGGAAAGAGCGUUCGACCAGGUGAUGCAGUUGAUUUUGGACCUCCAUCAGUGCCUUAUCUUGAUCAAACGAGCAUUCAACAAAAAAUUGGUAAGCCUUUGUUAUUACCAUCAUCUGAUGGUCUGCAAUAUAUCAUAGAAGAAUCAAAUGAUGAACAUGAUAAUCUCUUCUUUGAUUGUCCACACUUUACGUAUUCAGAACCUUUUCCGUGGCCAUGA